AUGUCGUCUUCGGCAACAGCAACGGCUGCUGCACCAGCCACAAGCGCCCACCCCCAAGGCGGCAUCAUCGAGGGCCUCAACCCAAUCCACUAUAACCCCAAAGACCCCAUCGCCCUCUUCAUCGUCCAAGCCUUCAUUAUCAUCAUCUUCUGCCGUCUUCUACAAUGGCCGCUGUCCAAGUUUGGUCAACCGCGUGUCAUCGCAGAAGUCAUCGGCGGCAUCGUUCUCGGUCCGUCCGUCAUGAUGCGCAUCCCUGGUUUCAAAGAGAACAUCUUUCCGACUGAGUCAAUGCCCGUUCUAAGUAACGUCGCUACCAUUGGUCUGCUGCUCUUCUUGUUCCUUGUCGGACUCGAGGUUGAUACGCGUAUGUUCAAGUCCAAUUGGCGUGUUGCUGUGAGUGUUGGACUGGCCAGUAUGGUGCUUCCCUUCGGUCUCGGUGUCGCUGUAGCGUGGGGUCUUUAUGAAGAGUAUGGCGAUGAAGGUACCAUGAAGGAUAUGGAGUUUGGCACGUUUGCGCUCUUCAUCGGAACUGCGCUCGCCAUUACUGCCUUCCCCGUUCUCUGCCGUAUCCUCUCUGAGCUCCAGCUUCUGUCGACAUCUGUCGGUGUGACUGUCCUUGCUGCUGGCAUUGGAAACGAUGUUGUCGGCUGGGUUCUUCUCGCCCUCAGUGUUGCUCUUGUCAACAACGCCAAUGGUCUCACAGCGCUGUAUGUAUUCUUGACUGCAGCGGCUUGGGUCCUCUUCCUUGUCUAUGCCGUGCGCCCUGUCUUUCUCUGGGUCUUGCGACGGACAGAUAGUAUCCAGAACGGUCCAUCUCAAGGUAUUACUACCUUAACUCUUCUUCUGGUAUUGGCGUCUUCUUGGUUCACUGCCGCCAUUGGUGUUCACGCCAUUUUCGGAGCCUUCCUCAUUGGUCUUAUAUGUCCUCACGAUGGUGGUUUCGCCAUCAAAUUGACUGAGAAGAUUGAGGAUCUGGUCGGGUCAAUCCUUUUGCCUCUCUACUUUGCUCUAUCUGGUCUCAACACCGAUCUUGGUCUGCUCAAUGACGGCACCACCUGGGGAUAUGUCAUUGCGAUUAUCGCCUGCGCCUUCUUUGGCAAGAUCAUUGCUGGUACCCUCGCCGCCCGAUUGACAAAGUGUCUUUGGCGUGAGAGUUUUACCAUUGGUGCGCUCAUGAGUUGCAAGGGUCUUGUCGAGCUGAUUGUCCUCAACAUUGGUCUGCAAGCUGGCAUCCUUUCUAGUCGAACAUUCACCAUGUUCGUUGUCAUGGCGGUGGUUACUACCGUCACCACAGCGCCCCUCACAAAAUGGCUCUACCCUCUCUCGUACCGCCAAAAGGUCGAGAAAUGGCGUCGAGGAGAGAUUGAUUGGGACGGAAACCCUCUUCAGACUGAGGCUCAGUCUUCUGAACAUAAGAUGGAAGAGGCUCUUGACAAGUCUCAAACACAUCGUCUUAUCCUACAUUUGCGCCUUGAUGCCCUUCCUGGCUUGUUCAAUCUUGUUUCACUUCUCGGUGGCUCCCGGAAGCACAACAACCCAGCUGCUAUCAAUGAUGCUGGCGCAGAUGGUACUCCAGCUGAAGAAAAGACACAAAUAUUCCCCGGCCGUCCGUUCGAGGUUCGUGGUGUUCGGCUUAUGGAGCUGACCGACCGUACCUCGUCCGUCAUGGCAUCUGCCGAAGUCGACGAAUUCGCUUCUCGCGACGCUGUCUUCUCUGCUUUCCAAACCUUUUCUCGCCUCAACGGCGUCGCUGUCGCUGGCCAAGUAUCUAUCAUCCCAACCAAUGCCUACGCCGAGACUCUUGUCAAGUAUGCCGAGGAAGCCAGGUCUGACUUCAUGAUCAUCCCCUGGAGCACCUACGGUGGUAUCGCUGAAGAGAGUUCCACUGCUGCAUUGACCGAGACUGGCAACACCAACGAUCGUUUCUUUAGUAGAACCUACAUCGAUUAUGUUCAGGCCGCUGUUGAUAGAUCAACUUGCACGACUGGAAUCUUCAUUAACCGCAUUCCUCACGAUGCUCUGGCCAGGAAGCCAACCUUGACACGUACUCGUACUGGCUUGUCUAUCCAUAGCGUUAACGAUAGCGCAGUCGUCCAAAGACCUGUGGAUCAACGCCAAAUUAUUUUUGUGCCAUUCAUUGGUGGCAAGGACGAUCGCGCUGCUCUCUUGUUUGCUCUUCAGCUCGCUCACAACCCCCAUGUCUCCAUUCAUGUCAUCCACCUGCAUUUCAGCGAGGAUGAAGUCGCACUCAAUGCCGCUCACGACAGCGAUCCUUCCACGGGUAACGACCUUGGAAAGAACGCAGUCGGGUUCCCAUCCGCGAGCGACAUGGACCUCCUCAACACAGCCAAGAACAACGCCUCGGGCAAGCUUGAGGGCCGUGUCACUUUUGCCGAGAUCCUCGUUGACUCAGUGCGCAAACUACCCGAUCUUGCCGUGGCUCAUGCUCGAGAGCUUGUUGGCAAGUCCCGUUUCAGCGUAGGCGACUUGAUCAUCCUCGGUCGGUCGCAUCCGCUCUUUGAUAACCUCCUUGUUGAGGACUUUGGCGUGGAGAGAGAUUUCCAGCGCACCGUCGGUGUUCUUGGAGAUCGAUUUGCUAGGGCAGGUGUUGACGCUGGCUUGUUGGUUAUUGACGAUAAGCAGCCUAAGGCUUAG